AUUUUUCCCAUCCAUCAAAGGUCCAUCAUGACCGACGCACUCACAGCUGAAAUCCUCAAAUGCCUCUCUGUUUUUUGCUCUCAUGCCCCUACUCAAUCAAGCCGUUCUAGGGCUACAAUUCCUUUUCCUGACUUCACUUUCCAAUGCUGAAGAUGUAUUCGCUCAUUUCAUGGUACAAAACUCAUAUUCCUAUACCAAAGCUGACUGGGCCGCGGAUAUCGCCGCGGCUCAGGCUAUAGGUAUCGAUGGGUUCGCUCUCAAUACCGCUGUGGACUCAUAUGAACAGACCAAGUACCCGGAUGCUUUUGCAGCUGCAGAGGCUGUUGAUUUCGAUUUAUUUAUCUCAUUUGAUAUGACAUAUGAAUGGGAGGCGACGGACAUGGUCAGCCUAGUUAAAAGUUAUGCAACCAGCUCGAGCUACUAUCACUGGGAAGGCAAACCACUGGUCAGCACUUUUGGCGGUGACAGCGACACCAACGAUUUUUGGAACACAUUCAAGACAACUCUUGCCAACGAGGGAAUCUCAAUAUCUCUAGCGCCGGCGUUCAUUGACUAUCGAGAUCCUGAUGAAGCCGCGCAGAUGUUCUCAAUUUUUGUUGCUAUCGAUGGAUUCUUCAACUGGUGGUCAUGGCCUGCCGAUGAGAACGCCAAUCUUACUACCGACACAGAUCUAGCUUAUAAGAAAGCCCUCUCAGCGGCUGGCAGAACUGGUCCAUACAUUAUGUCCGUUUCCCCUUGGCAGUUCAAAGAGCUCGGCGAUGGCCAGGACUGGGUUGAGCAGUGUGAUACCUUAUGGAAAUAUCGAUGGGAGCAAGCAGUUCACGACGUCGAACCUGAUAUCAUUGAGAUUCUUACUUGGAAUGAUUACGGCGAAAGUCACUACAUUGGGGAUAUUAACCCUGUCGUGAACCUUGGAGAUUUGGCUCCCUUGUACGUCAAUGGAUUUGACCACUCCGGAUGGAGGAUAAUCGCCGAACAUUAUAUAACGUUCUACAAGAAUGGGUCUGCACCGAUCACCGAAGACCGAGUCGUCUACUGGUACCGAGUCUAUCCGAAUUCCAUCACUUGCAGCCAAGGUCAGCUUCCCAGGAAUUCGCCCUUCCCUGAAGACGCCGUUUUCGCGUUCACGAUGUUGACAGCAGCUGCCCACAUUACCCUUACCGUAGGGGAGAGCACUACGACUUUUCUUGCCCAAGAGGGAGUAGGGAUCAGUUCAGUGCCUUUUUCGAAAACGGACGGUCAAAAGCCUGAGAUCAAAAUUGUGAGGAAUGGCCAGACUGUGAAGAGCGGAACGGGGUCGAAAGCUAUCAGCACGACAAGUUGUGACUACUAUAAUUUCAAUCCCUUCGUCGGAGUUGUCCAAUAGAUACGCACAAGAACUUCAACAUAUCAGGAACUUUCAAUGUAAUGGAACACCGGAAUAGGGCAAUGCUGCCCGCAACCAUUCUUGGCGGAGACCUUGUUAACGGGGAUGAGGCAGUUAUGAAAUAUAAACCAUAUCCGUAUCUUGUGAACAGUUCACUACGCUCGGACUGUAGGCCAUAUAAAAGGCCUUAUAACAAAAAACGCGUACCAGCGCGUCAUGAUCAGGAGUUGAUUGUUCCUGUUUAAUAUCUGGCAUGGGAGUCUUAAAAAGGAAAUUCUCGG